GACCUCACCCAGCCGGCCUACCUCAUGCCCCCCGGCCAGGGUCAUCUUCACUCGUCGUCGGGAUUGCAUCUGCUUUAUCCCUCCGACCAGCCUGGCGCGACAAGCAGCCUUUCGCUGGAACCAUUUCGCGGUUAUCCCAACAGCGGAGCAUUUUAUGCCGGACAGUCGAGUCUGUCGGCCGGCGGAUUCGCCCAAUCGCCGCCCAUUGCCCCCGAGGCCUCCGACUCCGGGUCCGGCAGCAGCGGAUGCGGCAGCAGUUCGAGUUGCGCCUCUCGUCACUCCCGACUCGAGCGAGCCCGACCGCCUUCCGCGCAACUGACACUGGCCGACCAGUCGCAUCUUCGUCUGCCUCCACAUUCACACCAGCCAACUGGCCAUCCUCAGCAGCCGCAACAACAACAACAACAACAGCAUCAACAUCAUGUACAGCAGAUGCAUCGGGCACAGGUCUUCUCUGGCACCUCCACGGUGCCAGGACAACUGCAGCCGCCCUAUCCGGUCUCGCAGCCGCCUCCGGCCGCUUACCAGACGACCGCACAUGCCCGGCCGCCGGCACUCCCCUCCGGAUUCGCGCCCAUGGGCUCAUCUUCCUGCUCGGUCGCAUCUCCCGCCGUCGCCACCGCUGCUCCCUCUCAUGUCCACAUGAACCAGUUGUCCGUGGUCGCCUCGACCUCGGCCUACGCCUCACACACGAACGUCUCGCCGAACAAAAACUUGACUUCGUCGGCCGGCAUGCAGAUGAUGCCACAUUCUGGCUUCUCAGGCUACAGAAAAAGUGAGUCCUGCAUUCUGGCUUCCUCUCUCUCCCCAUUUGGUAGCUUUACCGCGAGGGCUUUGCCCUCACCUCACGACCUUGCUCAUCUCUCUCUCUCUCUCUCUCUCUCUCUCGUCUUGUUGCUGUACCCUCCAGUUGGUUCUAUACGAUCAGCAAGUAUAACGCUAAAAAUAGAAUCUUCCUCUUUGUUCCUCUUUUAUGCUUUUUGUGAUUACAUGCAUGGCGUUGAGCACAGCCUCCGAAUAGCCUUGCCUGUCAUGACUACCAGAACGUCUACUUCAAUCUGCCGCUCGAGAGCUAACGUCCAUACACGAAGAACCUCUCGAAAUAGCAUUGUUGGUGGUGUUGUUUCCGUGGCUCAGUACGCCCCGAUGACCCUAAGCCCGAAUGGGCUUGAGCAUGAGGGGUUGAGUCGAACAGUGCUCGAACUGUCGCAAUGGUGCAUGUAUGGAAGGCGGAAUCGAGACGGUCGCCAUCGCGAUAGAUCCACUUUUCGACCAUUACUCAGACGAGUGUUGGUUACGCAGUCAUUUCCCUCUCACAGGCGAUGGGCGGAGGGCAUGAAACGGGCCGAAAAAGUGCGCCUUCCAAGCACACGGGCCCUUGCAACAGCUGGAAUAACACGACCUCUGACCUGUCGACAGGUUGCCGUGAUUUCUACUCCCUUUCCCGCAUGCCCAUCUCUUGUCGGUACCCAACCUCUUCCGCCCGCGUUGGCACCACUUCUGCUCAAUCCGGGCAGAUCAACAGAUAUCGGCAAAGGAGGCAGGAGCAACGGGCAGCCGACUUGUCUAAGCCGUGCCACCUUCUGUGUCCUCUUCUGA